ACAGUUGCUUUUGUUUGAUGUAUCUAGGCGCUGAUUGUGUAUGUGUGUGUGUGUGUGUGUGUCUGUGUCUGUGUGCAUGGCCUCGCUCUUGUACGCCGUCACGCCCGUUUUUUCCUUUCUCUUGUGCACAAUCUCACACACUCUCUCACACAUACUUACAUACUUACAUACUUACAUUGUACACACACGCACACACACACACCCUGACUUCGCCUCCCAGGCCCCCGGUGCAACAAGAAUAGGGCAUUGCAGAGCGACUGGACCAAAGUGUUGCAGACUUGUCUUGGUAUCUGGCAGGUCAGAUUCCACUUGCACGCCGCAAACAUCCGUCCUGUCUCUCCGAUAUAUUGGCGCUGUGCCCCUGGGCGUCGGUGGGUAUCACAGCAACGACACAGCUUCCAGCCCGGCGCCGCGCGCCUCUGCGCCUACUAAAGGCGCUGCUGCCCUCGCGCCAGUAGCUUGCGGGCGAUUUGGUGCUGAGAUCGAUGCGCAUUACCGACGCUGCUGUGGAAUCCUUUGGUCCAAUUGCUAGCCAUCAAGGCCAGUCACGCCCACCAAGCAACGCAGGCAACCGGUAUUGACGGACUUUCAUCCUCAUGGGCACCAUCAUCCGCAUGCCCAUGUGCACCGAGGCCACUAUGAAGUGCCGGCACAGAGCCACUA